CGCGCGCGUGUGUGCGGAGAGGGUGGAAUGUGGGUCAGUGUGUGCACACUUGCCUGGCCAGGACCCACUGGAUCGGGGACGUGGCAGGGGCCGCAGGGCCAAAGACCUUCGAGGGUGGGCGCUGGGACCCUGCGGUGGGGGCGGCUGAGCACCACUGUCUAUAAAUAGCCCCUGCUCGCCUGCUGCUGCAGCUGCCACCCCCAGGGCUGGAUUGGGGCCAGGUGGGCCUCCCACCCUGGGUACUCUGGGGAGAGGUGAGUGUUCAGGCCUAGGCUCCUCCUGCCUGUGGAGGCUUCUGAGUGUCUUAGGGGUCUCAGUCCUGGUGCCUUCCGCCAAGAAGGGAAGACAUGGCCUAUGCCUCGUGCGGUCUACCAUCUCUCUAUGCCCAGCCCCCCCUCCUACACAGUUUUGGGUCCCUGAAAGCCCCUGGCUGUGGCCGGCAGAGAGCUGCCCUCUUCUGCCACCCCCUCACCUGUUUUCCCACCUUCAGGCUUUUGUCUACAAGCCCUCACCCCAUUUUUGCCAAUGAAAUGCCAUACCUUUGGGGGAUACCAUCUGCAGCCUCCUCCUCCAGAGCCAGGAUAUCGACAAGCAGUACGUGGGCUUCGCCACACUGCCCAACCAGGUACAUAGAAAAUCGGUGAAGAAGGGCUUUGACUUCACGCUCAUGGUGGCUGGUGAGUCGGGCCUGGGAAAGUCCACACUGGUCCACAGCCUCUUCCUGACCGACCUGUACAAAGACAGAAAGCUGCUGAGUGCUGAGGAACGCAUCAACCAGACGGUCGAGAUCCUGAAGCACACAGUGGACAUUGAAGAGAAGGGAGUCAAGCUGAAGCUCACCAUUGUGGACACACCAGGCUUUGGGGAUGCUGUCAACAAUUCCGAAUGCUGGAAGCCCAUCAGUGAUUAUGUCGAUCAGCAGUUUGAGCAGUAUUUCCGUGAUGAGAGUGGCCUCAACCGCAAGAACAUCCAGGACAACCGGGUGCAUUGCUGCCUAUACUUCAUCUCCCCGUUUGGGCAUGGGCUGCGGCCAGUGGAUGUGGGUUUCAUGAAGGCUCUGCAUGAGAAGGUAAACAUUGUGCCACUCAUCGCCAAAGCUGACUGCCUGGUCCCCAGCGAGACCCGGAAGCUGAAGGAGCGGAUCCGGGAGGAGAUCGACAGGUUUGGGAUCCAUGUGUACCAGUUCCCAGAAUGUGACUCGGAUGAGGACGAGGACUUUAAGCAGCAGGACCGGGAACUGAAGGAGAGCGCUCCCUUUGCUGUUAUUGGCAGCAACACGGUGGUGGAAGCCAAAGGGCAGCGAGUCCGGGGGCGACUGUACCCCUGGGGGAUCGUGGAGGUGGAGAAUCAGGCGCACUGCGACUUCGUAAAGCUGCGCAACAUGCUCAUCCGCACUCACAUGCACGACCUCAAGGACGUGACGUGCGACGUGCACUACGAGAACUACCGUGCGCACUGCAUCCAGCAGAUGACCAGUAAACUGACCCAGGACAGCCGCAUGGAGAGCCCCAUCCCCAUCCUACCACUGCCCACCCCAGAUGUUGAGACGGAGAAGCUCAUCAGGAUGAAGGACGAGGAGUUAAGGCGAAUGCAAGAGAUGCUGCAGAAGAUGAAGCAGCAAAUGCAGGACCAGUGACCCUGCUGCUCCAGCCCCAGUCGCCAGGGAUAGACCGCCUGCCUCUGGCCUCUCCCACCCCCGGACCCCAGACUGGUCUGGACUCCACCCUGGAUUCACUUGGAUCUCAGAGGGGCCUGGACCCAACCCUAAACCUAGAGUGGCCCUGACGGGACUGUUCCCAACCCAGAGACGUGGAGCCACGACCCCCCCUCCCCAUGACCCUAAUUUAUUCUUGGCAUCUGUCCCUCCAGGUCCUUUGUAUCUGUUCCCCGGGGGCCUGAACAACAGUGCUUCCCCCAAAAGUCAGUCCACUCUGGCCUUGGGGGAUCAGGAGCCAACUUGGACACAAUUUCCUAGAUUCCCCUCCCCGAGAAGGUCAGAGCACCCAGGCUCCAAGCCCUGCUCAGGCAAGGGGAUAAACCAAGGUGGAGGAGGGGAAAGGGGCCGGGCCUAGUUCCCCACCCCUGUGCUGCAGAGCGAAUUCAGGAGCCCCCUGUGCCAGUUUCUGUGAGUCACCCAGUGUAUACUGACACCCUACUUUGUGCAAGGUGCCCGGGUCCUCCCUUACCCAGUCACCCAAACUGGGGACUCCAGCAGGCAGGGUUGGGCUGCUGAAGCAGCUGGGAAGGCACCAGAGGAGAAGGUGGAGCCUUCUUGUUGAGGAGGGUGGGACCAGCCAUUGAAGCAGUCUAGCCUCAUCCUCACAACCUCCAGCAAAUGUAGAGGGCCCCAGGGGUAGGGGGCGGUGGGCCACCCCCUGGCAGCCCUCAUGCCCAGGCGGCUGUACCCUGCCCGUAGCUCGAGGUGCCCUCUCCAGCAGCACUGUGGUGCUGGUAUCUCAACCCCUCAGCCUCUUCCAUUUCUCCACCCGCAUGACCCCCCCGACACACACACCCUGCCGUGCUCCGUUUUGUUAAGUUGUGAAUGCCAAGUCCUGUCCUGGAGACAGGAGAACAAUGUUGGUGAACGUC